ACAGAACGGCAACAACAACAAAAAAGACAAAACUAUCGAUUUGUUGUGAACUUGAACUGGAGAAACAAAGCAUCGCAAAGUAGAACGGUAUUUACGCGAAUAGGCCAAGUACGAUCGCUCGAAGCAUGUCCACAGGGCGCUUCGUAUCGUCUGCGUCGAUCGGCAGCACCAGCACCUCCUCGAGCACGCAAAUAUCGGCCAAUGUGCCCAUCUCCAAUACGGCCAACAAGUGGAAACGGGAGAGCGAUUGCGAUGAAUUUGUGGGCGCCCGUCGCUCGAAGCACACGGUGGUGGCCUACAAGGAGGCAAUCUACGUCUUCGGCGGGGACAAUGGCAAGAACAUGCUGAACGAUUUGAUUCGCUUCGGCGUGAAAGACAAAUCGUGGGGCAGGGCGUUUGCUACCGGGACUCCUCCAGCGCCCCGAUACCACCAUUCGGCCGUCGUGCACGGUACGUCGAUGUUUGUCUUCGGAGGGUACACUGGCGAUAUUCACUCGAACUCGAAUCUCACCAACAAGAACGAUCUGUUCGAGUACAACUUCCAGAACGGGCAGUGGACGGAAUGGAAGUUUAUUGGGCGUACCCCGGUGGCACGCAGUGCUCACGGUGCGGCCGUUUACGACGGCAAGCUCUGGAUAUAUGCGGGCUAUGAUGGGAAUGCCCGUUUGAACGAUAUGUGGACCAUUCGACUGACGGGUGAAACGCAUCAAUGGGAAGAGGUGGAACAGAAAGGAGAUCGACCACCGACCUGCUGUAAUUUCCCUGUGGCCGUUGCCCGCGGCUGUAUGUACGUGUUUUCCGGUCAAAGUGGACUGCAAAUUACCAACACACUGUUUCAGUUUAACUUCAAAGAUAAAACCUGGAGACGAAUAUCGACGGAACAUAUACUUCGUGGUGCUCCACCACCGCCCGCCCGUCGGUACGGCCACACGAUGGUACACCACGAUCGCUUUCUGUACGUGUUCGGAGGGGCGGCUGACUCGACGCUCCCCAACGAUCUGCACUGCUACGAUCUGGACAGCCAGAUAUGGUCGACUGUAACACCUGCGCCGGAAUCGCAAAUUCCGAGCGGUCGGCUAUUCCACGCAGCAGCCGUUAUCGGCGACGCAAUGUACAUCUUUGGCGGUACGAUCGAUAAUAACGUACGCAGCGGCGACACGUACCGCUUCCAGUUCUCCAGCUAUCCCAAGUGCACACUGCACGAUGACUUUGGGAAGUUUUUACAGAAUCGGCAAUUUUGUGACGUUCAGUUCAUCGUCGGCACGGAGGAGGUAAAAAUUUCCGCCCACAUUGCAAUGAUAGUGGCCCGGUCGCAGUUUUUACGGUCGAAAAUUUUGGCUGCUCGGGAUGCGCGUAAUUUACACUUCGAAAAACUGUUUGGAACGACCGAUGUACGAUUGGCGGAGCAGCCGAUACUGGAAGUUCAAUUGCCGGAUGCACAACCGGAAGCGUUCGAGAUAGUGCUUAACUAUAUCUAUACCGAUCGGAUUGUAUUUAAGGACCCAUUCAGCCACAAACUCGUACUCAUCAUGAUGGAUGUUUAUCAGCUUGCGGUGCAGUUUAACAUUCCCCGUUUGGAGCAGCUUUGCGUGCAGUAUCUGGAGUUUAAAAUUUCAAAGUUAAACGUCCUCGAUGCGCUGUACAACGCGGACCGCAUGGGACUAACGCUUAUCAAGGAUUACUGUCUCGGGUUCAUCGUGAAGGAGGAUCAUUUCUACAACAUCGUAAUGUCGGCCGAAUUUGCUGCCCUGGACAAACCACUGAUCGUGGAAAUCAUUCGCAAGCGGCUUAACCCGAGCAAGCACACCACGGACAUGAAGUAUGACAAAACGAUCGGCACAACGCUCGAGAGUGACAUGGCCGUGUUUCUCAAAUCGGGUGGCAAAGAGUUCUGUGACAUUAAUUUGGUGCUGGAGGAGAAAAUCAUACCGGCCCACAAAUCCAUACUCGCUGCCCGUUGCACCUACUUCCAGGCGAUGUUCCGCUCGUUCAUGCCCGCGGACAACACGGUCAACAUACAGAUCGGCGAUAUUUCACCAUCGCUCGAGGCGUUCGAUUCGCUGCUCCGGUACAUCUACUACGGUGACACCAAGAUGCCACCGGAGGAUUCGCUCUACCUGUUUCAGGCGCCCUGCUUCUAUGGCUUCGCCAACAACCGGCUGCAGGCGUUCUGUAAGCACAAUCUGGAGAAUAACAUCACGUACGACAACGUGCUGCAGAUACUGGAAGCUUCGGACAAGAUGAACGUGCUGGACAUUAAGAACUACGCGCUCAAGAUGGUCGUGCACAACUUUAGCCAGGUGGCGAAGCUGCCGAAGAUGCAGGACCUGUCACGGGAGCUACUGCUGGACGUGAUAAUGGCAAUCGCUGACAUGAAGGUGGAAAACAAGCAGCGCAUCCACGACACAUUCAUCAGCCAGUACAACGAUAUUUGAGCUGAGUAAGUAGUACUGUGCUUGAUUUUACCUCCAGAUGUCUCUGUUACCUUUUUGCUCGCGUGGCAGUAAUUUAUUUACCGCAACUGUCGCACGCAUCAAAUAUGUUGCAAACUAUGAAGUAUAAUAAAAUUAUAUAUUGAUGGUUGUA